UCAGGUGUUUCCAAUCACAGCUGAUCACAUGGCACUGAUUAUCAGUGUGCCCUGUUGAUCUGUGUAGCCCCAGCAGUGCCACCUGUCAGUGUCCAUCAAUGCCAGCUCUCCGUCCUCAUCCAUGCCACCAGCCAGUGCCCAUCAGUGCCACAUAUCAGUGCCCAUCUAAGCUGCCUUUCAGUGCCACCUAUCAGUGCCAGUCAGUGCCACCUAUCAAUGCCAGUCAGUGCCACCUAUCAAUGCCCGUCAGUGCUGCCUAUCAGUGCCGCCUAUCAGUGCCAUAUAUGAGUGCUGCCUUUCAGUGCCACCUACCAGUGUCUCCCCAUCAGUGCCCAUCAGUGCCACCUAUCAGUGUCCAUCAGUGCAGCCUAUCAGUGCCCAUCACUGCAGCCUCAUUCGCGCACAUCAAUGAAAGAGAAAAAUCACUUAUUUACAAAAUUUAAAA